GUCCCGGGCACUACCCCUCCACACUCGCUCGUACGUAUGGGGCGUGGUGACGUUGCGGCUGCUCGGGCGCCAUCCCGGAAGCGCGAGCAAGGCCGCCAGAUGUGCAGGCAGUGGAGGAGGAGAAAGAGAUGGACCCCCAGGACUCGGCCUCAAGGGUCUUCUGCAGCCGCAUCCUGAGCAUGGUGAACACAGAUGAUGUCAACGCCAUCAUCCUGGCCCAGAAGAACAUGCUGGACCGCUUUGAGAAGACCAACGAGAUGCUGCUGAACUUCAACAACCUGUCAAGUGUCCGCUUACAGCAGAUGAGUGAGCGCUUCGUGCACCACACGAGGACCCUGGUGGAGAUGAAGCGGGACCUGGACAGCAUCUUCCGCAGGAUCAGGACACUGAAAGGGAAGCUGGCCAGGCAGCACCCGGAGGCCUUCAGCCCACAGCAACGAAGCAACUCCUGGAGCCUCCUUUCCCUAGACAUCCCAGAGGCAUCCCUCCUGGAGGAUGAGGAUGAAGACCCCAUCCCGCCCAGCACCACGACCACCAUCGCCACCUCGGAACAGAGCACAGGCUCCUGUGACACCAGCCCAGACACCGUCUCGCCCUCCCUCAGCCCUGGCUUUGAGGACCUCUCCCACAUCCGGCCUGACUCUCCUGCCAUUAAUGGCCGUAGCCAGACAGAUGAGGAGACACCGGAUGAGUAGCCCUGCUCCCUGGGCCCCAAGGGCUCUCAGGGCAGCAGUCCUCCCCUGGUGUCUGAUGUGGCAGCCAGUAACCCUGCCUCCAGCUUAUCAGCUUUGCCACCCUGGUCUUUUAUCCAGGGCUGCCGGGGGACAAGGCACCCUUUCUGGGGGUGUGGAGUUCUGGGGGUGAGGGUCCUUUCAUUCCCAUUUCUUCCUCACUGAGAACACCUGUUCUGCAGAUCCUCUGCUAGGCUGCAGGAGGACCAGCCCAGCUGGAGUCGUUGGGCUGAGCCCAGGGGAGCUUUUCCAGAGCCAGGUUCAAGUCUGCUCUGAAUAACACUUAAAGGGUCCCAGAGCAGGUGACCCCUGCCCCAGCACCCCAGUCAGGACCUCCUCAAGGCUGACAAGCACCAUCAUGUCUGAGUUCACCCCAGCCCACCCCUACACCUACUAAUAGUCAUCUCUCUGCCCCUUCCUCCAAUGAAAGUAUUGAAUACUUUCUCCAAUGAGUAUCUCUAAGGAGGUUUCUGAGAUAGUUAUAGAAGGCUUGAGACAAAGGCUGGCCAUCCACUCAUUCCCGAGCCUAAUGAGGCCCACGUUUCUUUGACCAGAGGUGUGAACCCUGAGGGUCUGCAGGCCUCUCCCAGUGCCUCUAUGGAGCAAGACAAGCCACCUUGGAAAACAGUUAAAUGGAAUAUUUUUGUACCCGGUGUUUACAGAUGCUGUUUGGAAAUUAUCAAUAAAAAGACUGUUACUAAAAAGGGAA